UUCUGGAGCCUUCGCGUUUAGCGUGGAACCGCAAGCCAGCCAAGCAACUUGCGCCACUCGCCUCGCCUCGCCUCGCCUCGCCCCUGUUUGUUUGCUUCUGGCCGGACCCCUUCCCCUUCUCCGGUGCACGCCACUCUGCAACCCCCCUCCUCUCGAGCAGAGCAGUCGAGCAGAGCGGCAGCCUCGGCGCGCGCCGGCGCCAGCCGACAUGACUGCCGGUCAGUGCGGCAACAUCCAGGACCAGGAGGCAGCUCCUGGCGCCGACCUCUACGCCGUGCUCGGGCUCAACAGGGAGUGCACCGACGCCGAGCUCAGGGUCGCGUACCGGAGGCUCGCCAUGAUAUGGCAUCCGGACAGGUGCUCGGCGUCCGGCAGCUCGGCGCGCGUGGAGGAGGCCAAGGAGCGGUUCCAGGAGAUCCAGGGCGCCUACUCCGUGCUCUCCGACUCCAACAAGCGGCUCCUCUACGACGUCGGCGUCUACGACAGCGAGGACGACGACGCUGACCUGUCGGGGAUGGGCGACUUCCUCGGAGAGAUGGCCGACAUGAUGAGCCAGGCCACGCCAACGGAGAGCUUCGAGGAGCUGCAGCAGCUGUUCGUGGACAUGUUCCAGGACGACCUGGACGGCGCCGGGUUCUUCGGCGGGCUUCCGACGAGCCGCAGUGCCCAGGGUCCUAGCAGCACCUCGUUGCCACCGUCGACGUCGCCAUUGCGGCCGACGCCUCCUGCAAGAAGUAAGGGUGCGCAAACACCGUCGUCGUUUAACGGCGCUGGGAGGCGGGGUUCGACGGCGAAGCGGCCGAGGACCGGUUGGGCUGGCCUGGAACCGGAUCUGGGCCUCUCUGGAUUCUGUUUCAUGGUGAGCAAGUCGAAGGAGAGGCCGGCGGCAUGGGCGUGCGACGGCGGUGACGAGAGGAGCGGCAGCAAGCAGAGGCUGUCAACGAGCCGCGACGUCUCCGGCUCCGGUGGUGGGAUGUCGCGCUCGCGCGGCAGAGCCAAAGCAGUAGAAACUUGUGGGCAGUGAACGGCCUCUAGUCUUGAAUCUUGAUUAGAGCACCGUUUAUUCACUUACUGGCUCGCGUCAGUCGUAGUAGCUCGAGGCACGUUGAAAAGGAGAGAGAAAAGAUCUGUUUCAUUCUUCAAUCUAUUCCAAGCUAGCCAUAAAUAGCCAAUCUCUUGCUGCAUUGUUUCGAUGAAUUUUUAUUUGGGAGAAAUUGAGAGUGGUUGGUAGUAAA